AACUUUCUGGCACCCAAAACCAAUGAGAAAUUUCGCAUUGGGACCCACCUCGACGUUUUUGGACGCUCACGUGGCCGCAAUGAGCGAGUGGCGAAACCUAGAGAGAGAGAGACAAAGUCGCCGGCGAAACCGAGUCCACUGACUCACCGUGAUCUCUAUGACUUUAAGACACUCUUCUCUCACCCCUCACUUCUAUGACCUUCUCUCUCUAACAUUUCCUCCUCUUCUCUCUCUCUUUCCCCCAAGGUCUUGGAUUACAAAUUUUCUGUCCCUACCCUACAUCAACCGGCGUUCAGUUUCCCGGUGAUCUGAGCUUCGAAUACCCGCUAGAAUCGAUAUAUAUUUCUCUGGUAUGCUGUGAGUGUCUUGGAGAAGAGAGGCGGUGGUGACUUGGAUGGGAUAUGGCGGAACCACCGUCACCGGCCUUGAAAGAUAACAAGUUCUGGAAAGGGGUUUUUGCCGUGGUUGGGAUCAUGUCUACCCUCCUUAUCUAUGGCGUUCUACAGGAGAAAAUCAUGAGAGUUCCAUAUGGACCAAACAAAGAAUUUUUUAGGUACUCAUUAUUCCUUGUUUUCUGCAAUCGCAUUACAACAUCAGCGGUCUCUGCAGGGUCUUUAUUGGCAAGUAAAAAAGCAUUGGACCCUGUUGCUCCAGUUUAUAAGUAUUGCCUUAUAUCAGUAACAAACAUACUAACCACAACAUGCCAGUAUGAGGCCCUUAAAUAUGUCAGCUUUCCUGUUCAGACACUUGCAAAAUGUGCCAAAAUGAUACCUGUGAUGCUUUGGAGCACUGUCAUUAUGCAAAAGAGAUACAAGAUGCCUGACUAUAUGUUGGCUUUUCUAGUGAUGCUCGGGUGUGCAAUAUUCAUUUUGUACCCGGCAGCAGGUGACAUUAAUCCAUAUAAUAGAGGAAGGGAAAGCACAGUUUGGGGCGUUUCAUUAAUGCUUGGUUACCUUGGGUUUGAUGGCUUUACAAGCACAUUCCAGGAUAAACUAUUUAGAGGCUAUGAUAUGGAAAUACAUAAUCAAAUAUUCUAUACAACAUUAUGUUCUUGUUUACUCAGCUUGACUGGUCUAAUAUUACAGGGGCAUCUUCUUAUGGCAGUAGAUUUUGUUUCCCGCCAUAGUGAUUGUUUCUUUGACAUUGCACUGCUAUCUACUGUAGCAACUGCUAGUCAAUUCUUCAUUUCUUACACAAUUCGCACAUUUGGUGCUCUAACAUUUGCGACCAUAAUGACUACAAGACAGUUGGUGAGCAUUCUGCUGUCAUGCGUGUGGUUUGCCCACCCCCUCAGCUGGGAGCAGUUCAUUGGAGCUGUUAUUGUUUUCGGUUCCCUUUAUGCAAAGAGCUUCAUGAAAAAUAAACCCCCGAAGCCUCCAUCUUCAGAACAAUUGGAAAGUGGAGAGUCUAGUCCGCUGACGGGAAAACCCUGAUGCAGGAUGGUACACUUAGCGAAUAGGCAGCUGUAUUUGCAAGUGUGUGGCUGCAUUGAGAUGCGGUGAUUGACUUGGAUGGGAGUGGCUCUGCUGAACUACAGACAUCACUGCAUGCCAGUGGAUCCAUCUCAAGUCUGAAUCAUCCGCCUGUAGAAUUUAGUUAUAUAUGACCCCUUUCCCCUAUUUUUUAACAGGGGUAUAAACUAUCUGAAGCCACAAACAUGAGCUUUUCUUGUUUUUUGUUUUAUUUUAUUUAUAUAUAUUUUUUCUUUUCUAACAAUAUGAAAAAAAGAAAAAGAAAAAAGAAUAUGUAUAAUGUAAUCUGUUAAAGUUACAUUUUGACUUGUUCAGAAUGUAGUUCCCUUUGGGGACAGAAAAGGUGCCUCACAUCUGGAACCCUAGAAUACAAAGCUUGUCAGCUCGAGAUGGUCUUUUUACGCAGUUUAAAACAUGUUUGGUUGUGUACUGGAGAGAGAAAUUACAAUGUAUUAAAUUAUACAUAUUCUUUUUUA